CUGUUUGGAUUACAGGAAGGUGGGCAGCAUAGUUCAGGCUCUCCUGAAACAUUGGGCUUUUCAGGGCUGGGACCAUCCAUACAAACAGAAACAGACUGGAGGCACAGCAGAGGCUCUGGGUUCACUUUCUCCCCAGCCCAGCCUUUCCUCCCAUUUGGAGCUCACAUUGCACCCAGGCAGGUGCUUUGCCAAAACACAGCUCACCCUUAAGCACAGAAAUGUCAGAGAACUGACACUGUAAUAAUAACACAGGGCUUCAUCAGAUUUUGCAAGGAUUCCUAAAAAUGGAAAGGCGUUCAUGAGUGAUUGCAAAAAUAGCAUCUCUGCUGUUUAUUUCUUCUUCCUUUUGCCUUCACAACUUGAAGUAAUAAGUCACUGUCUUGCAGGUAACCCAGAUGUUGGAAUCUUUCUGCAUUAGCAGCAAAGAGUCAUCGCAGACUCCGUGGGAUUAUUGUGGCUCGGGGAAGCAGAGUUACGGGGGAGAAGUGAGGUGCCAGGAAAAGACCACAGGAACAGCAGUCUCGGGAGCAGAGGAAAGUCAACUACACAUCCUGGCAAAAGAUGAGAAAGAGCACUCCCUGGGAAGAGAGGGCAAGACUCAAGAGACACCUGGAGAACCACCUUUAGAUGAGCUGCAUCCACCAGAGAUGAGUGCUCAGGCCCUGGAUGAAGAUAACAGUGACAACAGCUCUACAGCCCCAGUGCUGGACUCCACAGGCUCUCUCAACACACACCUGCUGCAGCCAAGCUGGAAUAACCCCCUCCAACACCUGAUCCUCAAAAAAAGGCUCCUGUCCAUCUGGAGGAUGAUAGCCAGCCACAGGUUCAGCAGCCCGUUCCUGAAGCCAGUGUCAGAGAAACAAGCCCCUGGAUACAAGGAUGUGGUAAAGAGACCCAUGGAUUUAUCCAGCAUAAAGAGGAGGCUGACAAAGGGACACAUCCAGUCCGUGAUGCAGUUCCAGUGUGACCUGAUGCUCAUGUUCCAGAACGCCGUGAUGUACAACAGCUCCGACCACCGCGUGUUCCACGUGGCUGUGGAGAUGCAGCGAGAGGUCUUGGAGCAGCUGCAGGUCUUGGCUGAAGCGCUCCUGUUGUCCAGGGACAGGCUGGAGUGAGGCAGAAGGUAACCAGCCCUGCCUGAGGCCUCUCUCAGUUGGAGCAGCGUUGUCCCUGUGGGUCAGGGCAUCUCCUGGGCUCAGGGGAUGUGCUGGGUAGACCUCAUUAAUCCCCAGUGCUGGCUGCUGGGUUGAUUCAAAUCAGUUUUGGGGAGGGUACCACGUUGGAAGCCUCCAGUCUUUUUGGGAACAGCAGCGACGUAGCCCUGCAGGGAGAAGACUUCCUUGGGAUGAAAAGCAAGGGAGAAAAUGCUGUGUGCGGGCAGGUGGAUGAAGCGGGCACAGCCCGUGAGGGUGGCUGGCUGCACACCGGGCACGGCAGCGUUCCCGUGUUGCGGUUGUUGUGCUGUUCUGUUAGGGCGGGUGGGUCCAGCGUUACCGGCACUGACCACACCCAAUAAAGGCCCGUGUUGAAGCUUG